AUGUUGCAUUCACCAUUAUCCACUUUUGAAGCCAAAACUUCCUAUGGAAAUGAGACAGAUAGGCUUGCCUUGCUUGCCAUCAAAGCUCAGAUAAUUGGCGACCCUUUUGGUGUCAUGAAGAAAUGGAAUAACUCUUUCCAUUUCUGCAACUGGGAAGGCAUCACUUGCGGUCGCCGCCACCGAAGAGUGACCGGCUUGAACCUUAGUUCCUAUGACUUGGUUGGUUCACUCUCUCCUCACAUAGGAAAUCUCACCUUCCUUUCAAGACUUGUCCUUAAUUUCAACCAUUUUCAUUAUCAAAUCCCGCAGGAAGUUGGCCGUCUGUUCAGGCUUAAGUACUUGGAACUCUCCAACAACUCGUUCUCGGGAGAAAUCCCAGCCAAUCUCUCUGGAUGUUCUAGACUUGUUUGGCUCCGUUUGGGGUUCAACAAGUUGAAUGGUAAAAUCCCAUCUCAGCUAGGAUCAUUGCAGAUGCUGGAGAGAGUUCAACUUCACUAUAACAAUCUCAGUGGACCGAUGCCGGCCUCAUUAGGCAACCUUUCCUCUGCUAGAUCUCUGUCUCUAGCAGUGAACAGUUUGGAGGGACACAUACCGGAGUCAUUUGGCCGGUUGAAGAACUUAGAAUUUCUUGGACUCGGUGUGAAUCGAAUGUCCGGUAUGAUACCUCCCUCUGUUUAUAACCUUUCAUCCAUCACAAGGUUUAGUGUGCCAUUUAAUCAACUAGAAGGAAGCUUGCCCUCAGACUUGGCCUUCACUCUUCCUAACUUACUUGUCUUGAAUGUUGGUCACAAUCAAUUCACUGGAACCAUGCCAAAUUCAUUGUCCAAUGCUUCCAAUCUUAUUGAAUUAGAUACAAGUGGAACCAAAUUCAGUGGAAAACUUACCAUUGAUUUUGGUGGCUCACCUAAUCUAUGGUGGCUGGUUCUAGCUUCAAAUUCUCUCGGAACGAGAGAAGUUGAUGACUUGAACUUCUUCGAUUCUUUGACAAAAUGUAGGAACUUACAAGUGGUUGAUCCAAGUGACAAUCAAUUUGGCGGGGUAUUGCCAAAUUCUAUAUCCAACCUCUCAUCCACACUAGCUACAUUGAGACUAGGAAGCAAUCAGUUAAGUGGAAGCAUCCCUGAAGGAAAUGGCAAUCUUGUUAACUUGACUGAGUUAGAGGUAGAAAAAAAUGAUCUAUCAGGGAGAAUUCCUGUAGGAAUUUGUAACCUCAAGAUGCUACGGCGACUGGACAUGUCCGAAAAUUCAUUUUCAGGCCACAUAAUAUCCUCCCUAGCCAACAUAACUCAGUUAUACUUGCUCCAUCUUCAGAAAAACCACUUCACAGGUCCUAUUCCUUCUAGUAUUGGAAGCCUUUCAAACUUGCAGGACCUAGACCUUUCUCAAAACUACCUUGUUGGAACCAUACCCAAAGAAGUUGUCAGUCUUUCUUCUUUAACAAUUUCUUUGAAUCUAGCUCAAAAUCAAUUCACUGGUUCCCUUCCUUCUGAAGUGGGGCUUUUGAAAAAUCUCGGUUACUUGGAUGUUUCUGAGAAUAAAUUGUCAGGUCAAAUUCCAAAAGAACUAGGAGCUAUUCCUCAAUCUUUUAGUUCCUUGAGAGAACUUGAGGACUUGGAUCUUUCACAUAACAACUUGUCUGGCCAAAUUCCGGAAUACUUCCAACAUAUCUCCUUCAUGAGUCUGAAUCUUUCUUUCAACAACUUCGAGGGUCAAAUACCAACAGGAGGAGUUUUCAAAAAUGCAACUGCCAUUUCAUUAGCAGGAAAUGAAAGGCUUUGUGGGGGUAUAUCAGUACUGCAUUUCCCGGCAUGCACUAAGCCAAAGAAAGAGAAGAUAUCUAAAGGGCUCAAGUUGAUGAUCCCUUUACUCUCCGGGAUCCUGGGGUUAGUUCUGCUGGUAUCUAUUCUAAUCGUCGUUCGCUUAAAGAAGUUGAAAAGAGACCCUCCAUCUUCAGCAGUUUCGUCAAAUGAGAAUUUUCUACUCAAUGUGUCUUAUGGAACACUUGUUAAAGCUACUGGUGGAUUUUCUUCUGCCAAUUUGAUAGGCAGUGGUAGCUCUGGUUCAGUCUAUAAGGGCAUUCUUGAUCCAAAUGAGAAAGUUGUUGCAGUAAAGGUACUCUACACACAAGAACGCGGAGCAUUAAGGAGCUUCCUAACCGAAUGUGAAGCCUUGAGAAACAUUCGACACAGAAAUCUCGUGAAAGUAUUAACCGCUUGCUCGAGUGUUGAUUUUCAGGGAAAUGAUUUCAAAGCUCUUGUCUAUGAGUUCAUGCCUAAUGGGAGCCUCGAGAGUUGGCUGCAUCCACGUCCCAGAGAAUACGACGUAGAUGGUGAACUAAGGAUGUUGAGUCUUUUGCAAAGAUUAAACAUUGCUAUUGAUGUGGCCUCAGCUUUGGAGUAUCUUCAUCAUGAAUGUCAAAAGCCAAUUGUUCAUUGUGAUCUAAAGCCAAGCAACAUUUUGCUCGACAAUGAUCUCACUGCUCGCGUGGGAGAUUUCGGGUUAGCAACGUUCAUUCCAGAGCCUGUGAGUAGAUCAGAAGUACAACAAAGCAGUUCAGUUGGAUUGAAGGUAACUGUUGGGUAUGCCGCGCCAGAAUAUGGCAUGGGAAGUAAGGUUUCGACGUACGGCGAUGUAUACAGCUAUGGGGUACUCUUGUUGGAGAUGUUCACGGGGAGGAGGCCGACCGACGAAAAGUUUAAAGACGGUUUGGACCUCCAUGAUCAUGUUAAGAGUGCACUAUCAAGGAAAAUAUCAGAAGUCCUAGAUCCAAUGCUUGUGCUUGGAGGUGAAGGAGAAGAAGAGGAAGCAAAUAGCAAGGAGAUUAUUUAUGAGGGACAAACCAAAAAGGAUACAACACAAGAGUGCUUGGCUGCAAUUCUAGAGAACGAAUGGACAUUAGUAAAGUUGUCAAGGAAUUGA